UCUGACGCAGCUCGUCUGUCUGUUCUGAUGCUCUCUUCCUGAAUUUUCCUGAGAGGUCGUAAUGAUUCAUAUUGCUUGUGUAUGUUGAAUUCAGGCCGAACAAAAUGUGAAUAUAUGAUAGGUUUUGGUGUGUUUAAGUAUGAUUGUUUUUGUUACAAAAAGCCCCGGCUAACGUAAACAUUAGCUGGCCAUUCCACUUGGAUACGUUGAUGUGGGCUAGCUUAGUGCCUCAGCAUGAACUGCUACCUGCUUUGUUGUACCGUCACACAGUUUAUUCAGUGGAAUCUCGUAUUUUGCUCCACGUUGUUACCACCAAGGGCUUCGAAGUGAUAUAGCCAGUUCCUACAACAUAAAGUAAAGAGAUGGAGUGUCAGAGUUCAGACCUUACCUGUCCCAUAUGCUUGGAUUGCUUUCAAGUUCCUGUUGCAAUUAACUGUGGGCACACGUUCUGUCAAAAGUGCAUCACAGCUUAUUGGGACACAACGUCUAACAUUGGACCUUGCUGCCCCACCUGCAAUCAUAAGUUUGACAUCAGACCUAUUCUUAAGUGUAAUGUGGCCUUGUCAAGUAUCGCUGAAGCUGUAAACAGCACCAGGACAUCAUACGGUGAUGGUGGGAGUGAAGAUGUUGAAUCCGUGCCCUGUGAUCGCCAUAAAAAGCCACUUGUUUACUACUGCACACGGGACAAAAUUUCAGUGUGCUGCGAGUGCGCCAUCUCGCAGUGUGAGAGCCAUCACAAGGUUCUGUUGGAGGUAGAAAGCAAGAGACAAAAGCUGUUACUGGAAAAGAAGAAUGAAGAGAUGGCAAAACUCAUUGAAGAAACGGAGGAAAGUAUUAACAACCUGACUGAAAAUAUGGACAAAGCUAAGGAGACAUUUCAGCAGACAUCCAGUCGGGUAACGGCCAAGUUUUCUACUUUGCUAAAAGUCCUGGUUGACCGACAGGAGGCCAUCGAGCUCUUCAUCGAGAAGCAAAAAGAGGCGUCCAUCUCUGAGGCACAGGCGAGGCUCUCUGAACUGGAGGAAAGCGCUCAGAAGCUGAGAGCGGGUCAGGCCCACAUAGUGUAUAUCCACAACCGCUCUGAUAUUGAACUUAUCAAGGAAUCAACGCUCAUAGAAGUUCCUUGCCUCAAGAAAACCUCCACAGACAUAACGCCCAUCCUGCAGGAUCGAAUAAGUGGCAUCAUGGAAGUCCUGACUCGAGUCUCCAAGCUGGUGAUUGAGGACCUUGAUAGAGCUGUCUGCACUGCUGUGGGUCACGACAAAGACGGUUCUCCUCAGGAGAAGAGGCCUAUUCUUGCUGUGGGUCCCAGUCCAGCUGCUGCAUGCCGUCCUGGUGGAAAGGAGGGCCUCAGUGCUCACAGAUGCUCGUUGACCUUUGACCCCCACACAGCCAAUGGCAACCUGCUUUUGUCCCAAGAGAACCGAAAGGCAGAGCACUUGACUUCAAGCACUUCCACUUCCACUGUCUUCGACCACGAGUCCCGCUUUGAUCAUGCCUGGCAGGUGCUGUGCAUCCAAGGCUUCCGACAUGGCCAACACUACUGGGAGAUGGAGGUGUCCAAACCGUGGGCUUACCUGGGGGUCACCUACAUCACCAUCCCCAGGAAGGAGAAGGGCAAGAGGUGCAUGCUGGGUAUGAACGAUCUGUCCUGGAGCCUGCAGCUGGACGAGGAAAAACUCAGCGCAUGGCACAAUGGUCGCAAGGAGACCCUGGCCGGACGGUCUAAGCACAGCCGCGUCGGCAUGCUGCUGGACUGCGAGGCGGGGACGCUCACCUUCUACGGCGACGGACACGUCAGGCUGCACGCCUUCCACUGCACUUUCACCCAGGAGCUCUUCCCCGCCUGCUGGAUAGGCGAAGGCGUCAGCAUCACUCUGUGCUCCACAUGAGAUUCUGAAGUCGCCGCAACUUUUUUUGCCUUCUUCUUUAAUCUGCUUGUUUUCAAACAGAUUAUUCCAGUCAUGGUGGUGGAGGACCUGAAGUUGGGUCUAUCCAAACAAAAGGCAGAUGACACUUUGGACUGAUCGUCUGUCGAUUAAAGGAAGUGAGUGUGAAUUGAUCCCGCUAACAAACGGCCAUGUUACAAAAGUAGUGUUAGGAUUCCUGCACUACUUCAGCCCGAAGUGUCGGUGUACAUCUCUACUUGUAUUAUCUGUUACAAUACAUGCUCUUUCAAGACUUCCUUUUCUUAAAAGCAUUUUGUAAAAUCUACUGUUAUUCUCUUUAAUGUGGAGAUGGAACCUUAAAGCAAACCAAGGGAAGGCGUUGUGUCACGUUUACUGAUCGUACCCUUUUUUUAGACUUGAAUCUCCUGUUUGAGACAAAUGUCACUCAACAAUCUUUAGGUCAUUAUUGUAAUUGUCCUGUUCAGCUGUUGGUCAUGUUAAGCUUUUGGGAUUUUACAUACAAUACUCGCAAAAAACUUCGAGAUAUUGGGAUAAAUAAAUUUACAACAGAUGUGUGAAUGUAUCAAUAUAUUUUCUCUCUUUCAGUUGUAACUUGUUUAUGACAUUCUAAACUCAGCCGCCACUUGCCUCUGACAAACUUCUGUUUGAAGCCGCUCAGCUGGCAAGAUACCAUUGAUCAAUUGUUAGGCGUUGUCUCAGUCUCUUGGCGUCAAAAUGUGUCAAAGUUAACGCGGUAACCAGGGGCGCCAAAAAGGGGGGGUAAAGGAGACGGAUUCUAGGGGCCCAUGAUGGAGGGGGGUCCAGAGAGGCCCCUAAUGAUGAUGAAAUUAUAAUACAGGGGGCCGUGUAAAGAUUCUUUUCAUGGGGCCCAAAAUCCCUAGCGGCGCCCCUGGCGGUAACUCACACGAUUAAUCUGCAAAAAAUUAUUGCAUUAAUCAUGUAUGAACAAAGAUUAAUCGUGCAAUUUAUUUUGACUGUACAUGCUCCUUUACAUUUACUGUGGAUGAUUACCUGAGAGUUGUUAUAUCUGGAAAGUAUUCACAGCAAUUCACUUUUUCCACCUUUUGUUACGUUACAGCCUUAUUCCAAAAUGGAAUUAAUUAAUUUUUGUCCUCAAAAUUCUACACACAAUAUGCAAUAAUGACAAUGUGAAAAAAAGUUUUUAAAUUUUUUUUAGCAAAUAUAUUUAAAUUAAAAAUAAAUCACAUGUACAUAAGUAUUCACCGCCUUUGCCACUAAGCUCAAAAGUGAACUCAGGUGCAUCUUGUUUCAACUGAUCCUCCAUGAGAUGUCCCUACAGCUUAAUUGGAGUCCACUUGUGGUAAAUUGAGUAGUUGGACAUCAUUUGUAAAGGCACCUUUCCUUCUAUAUAAGUGAAGAAAAUGUGAAGCGCAGUGAAUACUUUCCGGAUGCACAGUAUGAGGUGACUCAGACAGGUGUGCUUUUUGGCAAAUUUCACUUCAAAAUAAAGCCAGACUGUACUUUGAAUAACACCACUACCAAAGGUUGAGCAAAUAAAUGACAUACAUUCAUGUAAAACAUUCUAAAAAAAUGUUCCUGUAUGACAUUCUGACAAUAAAAUUGCAUU